AUGAUUGAAAGAGAUACUAGAAAAGAUUCUGGUGAUAAAUUAACCAAUAUUACAGAAAUCUCCAAAUGUGAUACCAAAAUUUUAGGAGAGAAGAAGAAUGAAGAUUCUUCAGGAGUGGGGGCAAUUACAAUUGAUAAAAUAGUGUUGGCAGCCAAAGACACUGCUUGCGAUGAGGAAUUGUCAGAGAAGUCACCAGUUCAUGAUGCUAUGUCAAAGGAAGAUAUGUCAACAGAGAAGACAACAGUAAAUGAUGAGGAUAAGUCAGCAGAGAAGACGGUAGUAGGUGAUGAGGAUAAGUCAGAAGAGAAGACAGCAGUACGUGAUGAGGACAUGAUGUCAGCAGAGAACACAACAGUACAUAAUGAGGAUAUUUCAGCAGAGAAGACAGCAGUACGUGAUGAGGACAUGAUGUCAGCAGAGAAGACAGCAGUAGGUGAUGAGGACAUGUCAAUAGAGAAGACAGCAGUACGUGAUGAGAACAUGUCAACAGAGAAUACAGCAGUAGGUGAUGAGAACAUGUCAACAGAGAAGACAGCAGUACGUGAUGAGGACAUGUCAACAGAGAAGACAGCAGUACGUGAUGAGGAUAAGUCAACAGAGAAGACAGCAGUAGGUGAUGAGGAUAAGUCAGCAGAGAAGACAGCAGUACAUGAUGAGGAUAAGUCAGCAGAGAAGACAGCAGUACGUGAUGAGGAUAAGUCAGCAGAGAAGACAGCAGUACGUGAUGAGGACAUGUCAAUAGAGAAGACAGCAGUACAUGAUGAGGACAUUUCAAUAGAGAAGACAGCAGUACAUGAUGAGGACAUUUCAAUAGAGAAGACAGCAGUAGGUGAUGAGGAUAAGACAGCAGCAGGUGAUGCAGAUAUGUCAGCAGAGAACACACCAGUACAUGAUGAGGACAAGUCAGCAGAGAACACACCAGUAUAUGAUGAGGACAUGUCAAUAGAGAAGACAGCAGUACGUGAUGAGGACAUGUCAGCUGAGAAUACAGCAGUACGUGAUGAGGAUAUGUCAAUAGAGAAGACAGCAGUACGUGAUGAGGACAUGUCAAUAGAGAAGACAGCAGUACAUGAUGAGGACAUGUCAAUAGAGAAGACAGCAGUACGUGAUGAGGACAUGUCAAAAGAGAAGACAGCAGUACAUGAUGAGGACAUGUCAAUAGAGAAGACAGCAGUACGUGAUGAGGACAUGUCAGCUGAGAAUACAGCAGUACGUGAUGAGGACAUGUCAGCUGAGAAUACAGCAGUACGUGAUGAGGAUAUGUCAAUAGAGAAGACAGCAGUACGUGAUGAGGACAUGUCAACAGAGAAGACAGCAGUAGGUGAUGAGGAUAAGUCAGCAGAGAAGACAGCAGUAGGUGAUGAGGAUAAGUCAGCAGAGAAGACAGCAGUAGGUGAUGAGGAUAAGUCAGCAGAGAAGACAGCAGUACGUGAUGAGGAUAAGUCAGCAGAGAAGACAGCAGUACGUGAUGAGGAUAUGUCAAUAGAGAAGACAGCAGUACAUGAUGAGGACAUUUCAAUAGAGAAGACAGCAGUACAUGAUGAGGACAUUUCAAUAGAGAAGACAGCAGUCAGUGAUGAGGAUAAGACAGCAGCAGGUGAUGCAGAUAUGUCAGCAGAGAACACACCAGUACAUGAGAGAACACAGAGAACACACCAGUAUAUGAUGAGGACAUGUCAAUAG